AUGCAUGUUCAAUGGACUCACCACUACAUUCCGACGGUUUUCGGGUGCCUCUCGUUUGUCGUCAAUCUAAUACUCGCCUAUCUGAUAUUAACCGAACCGAAAACUUCUACAAUCGGAAAAUAUCGAUUUUUGAUAUUAUUUUUCACGCUUUUCGACAUCUUCUGUACGAUCGUUGAUCUAUUGGUUCCCGUGGGCAUUCAAGGAAUUGGCUCUGCAGUUGUAAUCUAUAUAGAUCAUGGUCCAUUUUUUGGAAAAGAGAACAUUUAUCUUGGCGAGAUCGGAGUUUCCCUCCGAUGCACUUGCAUUUCUCUUUCUUACGGUAUAUUGAUCACACACUUUAUAUACCGCUACAUCGCACUUGUUCACCCUCGAUAUGUUGAUGGCGUGUUCCGUCCACGUGGGCUCAUUUUGCUGUUUUUAUACUUUCCAGUCAUGGAUUGGUUUGGAUUGCAUGUGCAGGAUGUUUCUUUAGACUAUAUUCGUGACGGGUUCCGGGACACUUCAGAUGUUGACUCCUAUGAACUAGCUUUUGUAGCAGCACUUUACCUGGAUGGGAGUGAAGCAGUAAGAAGACGAGUAUGGAUAGCAAAUGUUAUACUUUCUUUAUUGUCGAUUUAUUCGGUGUUAGCGUGUUUCAUAUUGGGAUGGAAGAUUUACUCAAAAAUCCGAACCAAAGACAUGUCACCCAUGACUCGAAAACUGCACAAACAACUGUUCAUCGUGUUAGUCGUUCAAACUAUCAUCCCCAUUGUCUUUUGUUUAGCGCCGUGCUUCGUCUUCUGGUUCGCUCCAAUAUUUUAUUUGGACUUGGGGAUGGGGUACAACUAUUUCAGUGUCUUCCCGUUUGUUGAUCCAUUGGCUAUUAUGAUAUUGCUGCCAAACUAUCGGAAAAGAUUCACCGGAAAAAAUAAUUCUACGGUUCAAGUACAUAACCGUUAUACAAUGCAAACCCUGAGCACAAUUUCUCCAAAUUGA